UUAAAAGAAAACGUAUUUCAAGAAAAUGAACCCAACUCGAAAACAAGCUUUUGCUCAAAAUAAAAAUUGGACUGGUAGUGAACUAGAUAUAAUUCCGUACACAAAUGAGUUUCGAACGCUACAUACCCAGGUUUAAUUAGAUCUACCCCACUCUUCUUACACUUCGUCCAAUCAGAAAAAUGUUCUAUGUUCGGGUAUUCAAAGUAAUGAUCCGUGUCAGCUCCAUUCUCAAGAAGCAUCUUGAUGAUGUCGAAGAUCUU